AUGGCUUCGCGGCGCAAUGUUCGCUAUUCCUCCCUUCCCGGAGAGGAGCAGGAUGAUGACAGCGGCGGCGCAGGGACCGGCGACCUCCGGUUUGCUUACUCUCCCUCGUCCUUUGACAGGAUCCCGUGGAAGUCGAUAGCCCUAGCACUAUUCCUCCUCUCUCUAGGGUCGCUGCUUCUCUUCUUGUCUUAUUUCGUAUUCACCGGCCACAUGGGAGGCGAUCGAUCUCAGGCCUAUGGGUUCUUGGCGCUGGGUAUUCUCUCUUUUCUUCCAGGUAUGAAACAAAAUUUUGAAUCUAUUUUCUUCUCUCUUUCAGUGCAUUUUAUUGAUUGAUUCUGAAAAAAGAAAAUUGAUUGGUGAGGAUAUUUUUCCUUGAUGAUAUCUGAUGAUUGUUUGUUUAUCUUGCCGACAUAGCCGAAUCUAAUCCCUAAACUUAGAACACGAGGUCUCUGAGCCUUUCCUUCUUCUUCUUCUAAAUGCUGGGUAGCUCUAGGAUACUUUAGAUGUAGGGAGUUUGGAUUCCAUUAUUCCCAUGAGUAGACUGGAAAUUUCUUGUAGAAAAACUACGCCAUGAAAAGAACCCAAUCACUUAUCGUCACUUAUUCCUCUAAUUUUUUGGCAAUUCUUUGAAUUUUUUUGGGUACUAUACAAAUGAUCUUGGAAACCUGGAAAUAGUCGUAAAAAUAUCAUUUAAUCUGAUACUAUUUAGGGUACAGAAGCCAUUCAACCUCCUGUUCUUCUAUAUUUUGGGUAAUUAUCCCAUUAUUCCCAUGAGCACACUGGAAACUUGUUCCUAUAAUUUUUUGGGUAAUUCUUUCGAAUUUUUUGGGUAAUAUACCAAUGAUCUUGGAAACCUAGAAAUAGUCGAAAAAAUAUCGUUUAAUCUGGUGCUAUUCAACUUCCUGUUCUUCUAUAUUUUGAGUAAUUGUCCCAUUAUUCCCAUGAGUAGACUGGAAAUUUGUUUCUCUAAUUUUUUGGGUAAUUCUUUCGAUUUUUUGGGGUAAUAUACAGAUGAUCUUAGAAACUUGAAAUAGUAAAAAAUAUAUCGUUUAAUCUGGUGUUAUUCAACCUCCUGUUCUUCUAAAUUUUGGAUAAUUAUUAUCUGAUACUUCAAAUUAUUUCAAGAGUUCCGGGUUCUAUCAUUCCAUGAUCAAAUCAUCUUGAAUAUCUAAAAAUGGUUGGAAGAUUAUUGUUCAAUCUGGUUACCUAGAGUUCAGAGGCCAUUGAGCCUUCUGUUCUUCUAAAUUUUUGAUUUUUCUAUGGAUCCUAUAAGUUUUAGGAGACAAGUUUUAGAUCAUCCUCAUGAACCAGCUAAAAAAACUGAAGAUACUCCAAGAAUCUUGCACACAGCUUGUAUAUAGAAAAGAAUAAUCAGAAGGUAAAGAUUCUUGAGUAACCCAAAAACUUUAUGUGGGGCUCUGUUCUUGACAUUUUCCCACCUCAAGCAGCCUAGAAAAUCUCGAUUUUGGCCGUGCUUGCUUGGUUCAUACGGACCAGCAAUUUUGGGUAGGCUUCCUCAUCAUGAAACCCUUGAUAACUGUCCAUCCUUCGUCCAGUGGUAACCUUCUUUGCUGGAACUUCUGUCGAUGCCUUUUAACGUAUGAUCCGGCCAUGAGUUGAGUUUGAUCUCCAUAAUUGAUGCCAAGCUUCUUCUGGGCCCAUUCAUCGCCAUUGGACAACCAUCCUUCUGAAUUGCUGUAGAUGGUAAUUCCAUAAUGUGUUAAUCCAGCCAGUAUCAAUUUUGGGUAGAUUUUAGAGUAGGUAUUUCCACAAUAUAUGCAGAUGAACUUUGGGAAUCAUAGAAUUAAAAUAGAUUUUAACAUGAUUGGCAUAUUUUUGUUGAUAAAAUGUAAGCCUUGCAGCACUUUCAGUACGGAUAACAGAAACAGUGGAUCUACAUGCUUAAUAAUUAUGUUAGGAAUAAUUGAAUGUCUGGUGAAGAUAUUUGGUGCACAGAUCAUGUCUUCUUCUAUCACCUGACCCAUGAACUUUUCACUUUGAUCCAUUUAAGUGUAUCCCUGGGGUUGGUAACAAAAAUAGGAGAUUAAUACGAUUUUGUGAGCACCCAAUUGACAAAUCUAAGUCUCAGGUUCUAUUUAAUCUGAGCGUCAGUGAUUUCUUCUUUUUAUGUUUGUUUAGAAUGUAGCCUUUUCAGGUUGGGAAGAUAAUCUAAUCUACAUACAUACACCUGAGAUUUAAGGCCUGAUUUCUCCCAUAUAUUCUGUGGAUAUGGUUGACAUCCACCGGAUGGCAGCAUGAGUUUUUUUUUUUUUCGAAGAAUCCCAGAAAUGUGAUUACUCUCUGUAAUGCCCAAAGACAGAAAAUAAACUAUAAUUAGAUACUACUUUCCAAAAAGGGGUGGUUUUUCUAGAAUCCCUUUUUUUACAGCUGAAUGCCCCAAGUGGUAAUCAAUUAUUGACUUCAUAUUAGAGUUGACCACAGCAGGACCAUUCGUUGUCGUCAAGGGACUAUUCCCUAAGUUCCUUCUCUGAUUUUGGUGAUAUGCCAGACCAUCUAGCCACGCCAAGGCCACCUCUUUAAAGAAGUCCAUAGAAGAUAGAUAGACAGACAGACAGACAGACAGACAGACAGACAGAGAGAGGGUGGGGAGGGGUGGGUGAUCACCCAUGUUUCUAUCAGAAAAAUAUAUGACUUUGGAAACUAGAAACGAUAUGCCUAACUUGAUUUUAUGAACGGACAAUAAGUUCCUUUCCCUUUGCAAUUGCAUGUAUUUUUUUUGGAUGGAUUAUUUAGUUUUCUUGACAUGUCUGCAACCCUGAUUGUACAUAAUGGCCUUCCACUAGUUAUCCUUACCAUUUACCCAUGUACGACGUCCUGUGCAGGGUUCUACGAGACGAGGAUCGCCUACUACUCCUGGAGAGGCGCCAGGGGAUACCGCUUCGCUUCCAUUCCCGCCUACUAA